AUGUUUAGCGGCCGCAAGUUUUCUUUUAACCGCCACACCGGCGCUCCAAAGCCCAUGGCCAGACGCUUUUCCAACGCUGAGCCCGGGUCCAACGAGGUCCAAUCCAAAGUCCACCGCCAGUUCCGCAAUGCCCACGAAGGCCACAUGCCCCAUGCCGGCCUCGACGCCAGCCGCGCGUCCACCGGCGUCGUCUGGUGCACGGAGCGCGCCUGCGAGUACGGCUUCAUGGAAAACCCCGAGGAAUGGGCCAACCUCGGCCAGGGCGCCCCCGAAGUCGAAGACGACAUUGCCGGCUGUUUCCCCCGCCCCAACACCAUUGACAUUUCCAUGGCCGCCCGGGAGUACGGCCCCACCGCCGGCAUCAAACCCCUCCGCGAGGCCGUGGCCAACCUCUACAACGAGGCGCACCGCAAGGGCAAGGAGAGCCAGUACACCUGGGAGAAUGUAGCUAUUGUCCCCGGUGGCCGCGCCGGUCUGAUUCGCAUCGCCGCCGUCCUAGGCACGUCGUAUCUGUCCUUUUUCCUGCCCGACUACACGGCUUACAAUGAAAUGCUGAGCCUAUUCAAAAAUUUUGCUGCCAUUCCCGUACCCCUCUCCGAAGAAGAUGGCUACCACAUCCACCCCGACAAGAUUGCCGAGGAAAUCUCCCGCGGUACCUCUGUCAUCCUUACCUCCAACCCCCGAAACCCGACCGGUCGCGUCGUUGCCAAUCCCGAGUUGGCCGAGAUUCAGGAUAUCUGCCGUGGCCGCGCCACCUUUAUCAGCGACGAGUUUUACUCUGGCUACAACUACACCAGCAACUGCGACGGAACCACCAUCUCUGCCGCCGAGAAUGUCGAAGACGUCGACGAAGACGAUGUCUUGAUCAUUGAUGGCCUUACCAAGCGAUUCCGACUUCCUGGUUGGAGAAUUGCUUGGAUUCUUGGCCCCAAGGAAUAUAUCAGCGCGAUUGGUUCCUGCGGUAGCUACCUCGACGGUGGUGCCAACCAUGCCUUCCAAGAGGCGGCUGUGCAAUUCCUCGAGCCCAAGCUUGUCCAGGAGGAAAUGGUUCACCUGCAGCGUCACUUCCGUGACAAGCGCGACUUUGUCGUCAAGCGCCUCCGCGAAAUGGGCUUCGUCAUCAAAUACGUCCCAGACUCUACCUUUUACCUCUGGCUGAACCUCGAGGGGUUGCCCGAGGCCAUCUCUGACGGCCUCAACUUUUUCCAGGCCUGUUUGGAGGAAAAGGUCAUUGUGGUGCCAGGCAUCUUUUUCGACUUGAACCCGUCGCGUCGUCGCGACCUGUUUGACUCGCCCUGCCACCACUUUGUGCGGUUUUCGUAUGGUCCUAGGAUGGACGUCCUCACCAAGGGCCUCGACCGCAUCGAAAAAGUGGUCAACAAGUUCAAGAAGCAGGCUUCGUCUUAG